CUCGUUACGCCCCUUUUUUCUAAAACAGACGAGCAUCGAAAAACAACAAAACAAUUUGUUUCUGAAAACAUGGCCGAAGCCGCUGGGAAUUGGUGUCUCAUCGAGAGCGACCCCGGCGUUUUCACCGAGUUAAUCAAGGAAUUCGGCGUGACCGGAAUACAAGUAGAGGAGUUAUGGAGUCUGGAUGCUGCGCAAUUUGAAACUCUUCAGCCCGUCCACGGUCUGAUUUUUCUCUUCAAAUGGGUUCCUGAUUCUGAGGCUUCAGGGCCUAUUGUUCAAGAUUAUCGCUUGGACAAUAUUUUCUUUGCAAAGCAGGUAAUUAAUAAUGCCUGUGCAACUCAAGCCAUCCUGAGCAUUUUGCUCAACUGCAGUCAUUCAGAUCUUACACUUGGGAAGAAUUUGUCAGAACUGAAGGAGUUUUGCCAGAGUUUUGACGCUCAUAUGAAAGGACUGACCAUUAGCAACUCUCCUGUUAUCAGAUCAGUCCACAAUUCUUUUGCCAGGCAAACUUUAUUUGAAUUUGACUCAAAAAUGGCUUCCAAAGACGACGACGUCUUUCACUUUGUCAGUUACGUUCCAAUUGGUGGCAAGUUGUAUGAGCUCGAUGGACUUAAAGAAGGACCCAUUGAUCUUGGAGACAUCCCAGCUGGCACGGACUGGAUAGAUAUUGCUCGGCCAAUUAUUGCCAAAAGAAUGGAAAAGUACAGUGCAGGAGAGAUUCAUUUUAAUCUGAUGGCUUUGAUUUCCGAUAGAAGCAUGACUUACCAGAAAAAGGUUGAGGAGAUUCAAAAACAAAUGGAGGAAAGCGGAAUGGACACAGAUGACCAACAGUCCGAGAUUGCAAGGCUGAAGCUGCUGAUGGACGAGGAGGCAUGCAAAGUCAAGAGGUACAGGACAGAGAACAUCAGGAGGAAACACAACUACCUGCCGCUGAUUGUGGAGAUUUUGAAAACACUGGCCAAAGAGGGUCAGCUCAUGCCACUGUACGAGAAAGCCAAACAGAGGGCCAAAGAAAACGCAACUAAGAAACUUCACACCGCUUAAUAUGCGUGUGAUAAUUACAAGGUAUGGAAUGAUGAAUAAAACGAAACAACCAAUGCUUGAAAGAACUGGUUAUGAGUGCAAUACUGUACUUUUAAUUCAUUGAAAAAAAUCACUUCAGCAGAAAACUAACUUCUUCUCCAACUCUAAACUCCUGCGGCUGAUUUUCGCUGAAAUUUAAUGACAAAUAAUUUUAUGAAUACUGAACUUUUUAUGGCUACUUACACUGUGAAUAAUUUAGCCCCGUAAGUUCCCAAAAUCUUGGCAACGUCGCCUUCGACUUGUAAAAUUGCACCUUCUCGCAAUCCCAGAACGGGUGGAGAGCCAGGAAUCUCAUGGUACUGGCUUAUCCGCUCUUCUCGAGUUUCCUGUUUCCCCCCACCCCAAAUUGAAUAGCAAAUUCAACUUUUAUAUUGUUACACCCACCCCUUUGUGCUUGGAGUCGGGGUCAAAGUCAAUGUAGUGAGGGUUUAUGUUGAAUGGCACAAGUGCAAGGGCAGUUAGGGUUGGUGGCCACACAAUGGGCAUGUCGUUGGUCGUGUUAAUACUUGCAGUGGCCACGUUACUUCCCGCAGAGCUUCCAAUAUAUGGAAUGCCAUCCUGGCAAAAACAAAAUAUUGUUUCAUCCUAAAUUACUGAAAAAUCUGGCAUUACCUUCAGGACUCUUUCUUUAAUAGGCUCAAUUAGGUUCAAAUCAUAAAGAGUCUUUAAAAGUAGGAAAGUGUUUCCACCCCCAAUAUAAAUUGCUUCAGCUUUUUUGAUGGCAUCAAUUGCGUUUGUUGCCUCAUGAAUGCCCUCUACUGCAUAACCUGAUAUUUAUUUAAUGCAAUAAACUUAAAAUAUUAUCAUGUAUAUUAUUUUAAUUCAAUUCAGACUUACCUAAUUGCUUCAAUGGUCCUUGGACUUUGUUCAAGUACUCAUUGUGAUCCUUCAACGCGUAAG